UAUGAAAUCGUAGCCGCUUGCGGCCAUGUGAAAGUGAUGCGAGUUUCGGUGUUGUUUUGGAGUGGUUGAGUUUCUCCAACGGAGCAACAUGCGUUCCGGGAAAUCGCUUGUCCAACGAUACUAAUGAAUUCCAUUACCGCUCUGUGAACUCCUUGGCAGCGCAGCAGCCGAUUCGCCAACUUCGCAAAGUUUAAAGCGCUGAAAACUUCGCAAUGUCGGCCGCUAAGAGCGCGCGCGUGGUUAAAGCUGCGUCGGCAUUGCGACUGCCGCCGAUGCCGUCAACUAGCGAUCUUCUCCGCAUGUACGGAAUCCGCGCAAUGCGCAAGUUGUCGCAAAACUUUCUGCUCGACCCCAAGUUGGCCAAGAGGCUGGUGCGCGCUUGCGGCAGCGUACGCGACAAGCACGUCAUCGAGGUAGGACCCGGACCUGGGUGUCUCACCAGACCCUUGCUCGAGCUAGGGGCACGACGGGUCGUUGCCAUCGAGAAGGACAGUCGAUUCGCCCCGACGCUGGAGAUCCUGUCCGAAGCCAGCGAGGGCCGACUGCAUGUAGUGAUGGGUGACAUCUUUCACCAGCACUUGCCGGAGCUAAUACCGGAGGAGCUCGGUGUGUCAUGGGAGUCGGACGAGUUGCCCGAGGUGUGCCUGGUGGGCAACCUGCCGUUCAGCGUUGCUAGCCCGCUGCUGGUGAGCUGGCUUCGGCAGAUCUCUCGUCGUGAAGGCCCCUUCCAGCGCGGUCGCGUUCCUCUCAGCCUGACCUUUCAGCUGGAGGUGGCUCAGCGCAUCGGCGCCCCCAUCCUGGACCCACAGCGCUGCCGUCUCUCGGUCCUCUGCCAGAACUACUGCACCACCCAGCACAGGCUUACGCUCAACGGAAGCAGUUUCGUGCCUCCCGCAGAAGUGGACGUUGGGCUGGUGCGGCUUGUACCGUUGAAGGAGCCAAUCAUCCGGCAUCCCUUUGACCUCAUAGAGAAAGUCAUCAAUUGCCUUUUCAACGGCCGCCAGAAAGUGCUCACGAAUGGAGCCAAGAACCUCUUCCCUCGUGUCCGUCAAGAGGAAUUGGUGCCACGCCUCAUAAAGCUGUCCGACGUUGACCCAACGACAAGGAUUCUCCAGCUGACUGUGGAAGAGAUUGGACGCUUGUGUGACGUCUACGAAGAGAUUUGCACGGAGGAGCCCAAAAUCAGAGAGUACCACUUCAGGCUGGGAAACUGACGGUGCCUGUCCGUAGGAACAAGUGAUCCUUGGUGAACAAGGAGCUAGAAUUUCGUUGGUUGGAUCAUUUGUCGAACUGCGUUGCAGUUCCUGUUGUUCACCAUUGUUGCGAGAUGCAGUCAUAGUUCAGAGAUGCAGUCAACUGGUCAAUCUAGAGCAUAUUUUUUUCUCUGCUCAGCAGAAUAAGUUUGGCACUGGUUGAGCCAAAGCAGCUGCGCAUUUCUCGCUUGCUGUUUCCAAUUACUCGUAUGAAUUCGACCAGAUUCAUAUGAAAAUGGAUUCCAUACGGAUUUUUAUGAACACAGAUUCCAUACGGAUUCGUAUGAACACAGAUUCCAUACGGAUUCGUAUGAAAACGGAUUCCAUGCGGAUUCGUAUGAAAACGGAUUCCAUACGGAUUCGUAUGAAAACGGAUUCCAUGCGGAUUCGUAUGAACACAGAUUCCAUACGGAUUCGUAUGAAAACGGAUUCCAUGCGGAUUCGUAUGAAAACGGAUUCCAUGCGGAUUCGUAUGAAAACGGAUUCCAUACGGAUUCGUAUGAAAACGGAUUCCAUGCGGAUUCGUAUGAACACAGAUUCCAUACGGAUUCGUAUGAAAACGGAUUCCAUGCGGAUUCGUAUGAAAACGGAUUCCAUACGGAUUCGUAUGAAAACGGAUUCCAUGCGGAUUCGUAUGAACACAGAUUCCAUACGGAUUCGUAUGAAAACGGAUUCCAUGCGGAUUCGUAUGAAAACGGAUUCCAUGCGGAUUCGUAUGAAAACGGAUUCCAUACGGAUUCGUAUGAAAACGGAUUCCAUGCGGAUUCGUAUGAACACAGAUUCCAUACGGAUUCGUAUGAACACAGAUUCCAUACGGAUUCGUAUGAAAACGGAUUCCAUGCGGAUUCGUAUGAAAACGGAUUCCAUACGGAUUCGUAUGAAAACGGAUUCCAUGCGGAUUCGUAUGAACACAGAUUCCAUACGGAUUCGUAUGAAAACGGAUUCCAUGCGGAUUCGUAUGAAAACGGAUUCCAUGCGGAUUCGUAUGAAAACGGAUUCCAUACGGAUUCGUAUGAAAACGGAUUCCAUGCGGAUUCGUAUGAACACAGAUUCCAUACGGAUUCGUAUGAAAACGGAUUCCAUGCGGAUUCGUAUGAAAACGGAUUCCAUACGGAUUCGUAUGAAAACGGAUUCCAUGCGGAUUCGUAUGAACACAGAUUCCAUACGGAUUCGUAUGAAAACGGAUUCCAUGCGGAUUCGUAUGAAAACGGAUUCCAUGCGGAUUCGUAUGAAAACGGAUUCCAUGUGGAUUCGUAUGAAAACGGAUUCCAUAGGGGUGCACAUGGCAACACUCAUACGAGUUUGACCAGAAGUUUAAAGAAAAUAAAUGUGCCACACCUUUGGCAGCAGCUUGUAAAAACUCAGUAUGAGCACGUUGUGGAGCAAAGCAUUCUCGUCAGGUGGAUGUGGAUUUGCGGUAUCCGAGUGGCAAUUAGAAUGCUUUCUUGAUGACUUUCAUUUUACUUCACAAAAAGUGUGGCAUACACUGCGAGAUUGUUUGAGAGAAAUGCGGUGCUGUAGUUGUUGAACCACUGGGGUGAAUCAUGGGAAGCUCGUAAAAUUUUGCUUGAUUUGCCGUUAAUCUACAGAAAAGUGCACCGUUUCCUUCGUUGUUUUUUGUGUGUUGUGUAGCGUGCUGUUGCCAAGUUUAUUUAGGUCAGCUGAGAGUUUUACAUUCACUAGCCGUGUUUUAAAUUUUCUUUAACCCUGUAUACCGGUUAAAAUGAGACUAAAUGAGACCAGUUAGUGCCGUGCAGUAAAUUUGCAGUGAUAGGCAAGCUUGUUCAAACCCACCAAGACAGACCCCUGAUAAAUUGCGAAUGCAUCAAUAGAUAUUGUUGUGAUUAUAUUUACAGGAUAUUUACAAAGGAAAUGUAUCGAUACGCUCCUUUUUAUUUUAAAUGUAUUGACGUAUGAAAAGAGUUUACGAACUGUCUGCUGCUAAAUAUCGUAGGGGCAAGGGCCUUUAUGAAGCCAUUAAAACAGCGGCUUUUUACUCCUGUUCGGCCAUUUGUAUUUCUAAAAAUAAGUGCUGAAACAAAGUAAUGAAAUGGACAUUUUUCAUGAUCGACGCUGGUCGUUAGCGGUGCUAUGACACUAAUGCAAGAUUUCUCUCUAGCAGUCUUAGCAUGACGUGUAGUGACUGGAGUGAUGUGCCCACCUCUAAUUCAGCACGUGUAGGUUCCUGAAGCUUUCUCGUGCCUCUUGGAAGUGCUUGUAGGACACUGUAGUUUCCAUUCAAGCUGUAAAACUGGCCUGCCACUAUUACAUUCAAGCCACCCGACACGCACUCUGAAGUAUAGCAACAUGUAAAGAUUGUUAUACCAUUAAAAGAACCAGAUGCAA